CUAUUAUUUCACUUUGCGCGAUACUCUCGCUCUUCUCUCAACUCGUCAACCAGAGCCACGUUCUUCGAGUGGCAGCAGGCCAGUAAAGUCUCCGCACUGAGAUCGCAGUCAUUAUACAUCAUCUCAACAAGAAAAUGUCAUCUAACGAGACCGCGAUCGCGAAGUUGCUCGAGCCUAUUCCCUCGAUCGAGUCACUCAUCGUUGAGGGCUUCAAUGAAGGCUUGGGAAACGCUAAUAACACCACUCUCCUUCCUCUGGACCCAGGCAUGCUGGAGGCUAUAUGCCGGCUGAAUCUUCCCGCUGUUCCGCUUGAGCGACUCUACGUCGCCGAAGCGUUUCUCGAGAGGCCUUUUGGCUUCGAGCAGAUCGUCACUUUUUCCUGCAGUGCCGAUCUCGAUCCAUAUCCGUUUCAGAUAAAGAUCACCCAGUGCGACAGCCAUUUCGAUGCUAUGAGCAGGAUGAAGCAAGCCGUCUUUUCCCUGGAUUACGAUCAUGGUGCAUUGGGUUUCGAAGCCGCGAAGGACCUGGGAAAUUACGCCGUAAAAUCCAAGAACGGGUGUGCUAUUGUCUGGACACGUUGGACGACCGUCGUCCAAGUGCAUUUCUUUCCUGAUCUUCCUAACGAUUUCAGCGGGCUGUCUGUAAACAUUCAAGCCCUGGCUAUUGCACUUGACCUUGCUAUGAAAUCCCAUCGGGGAACUAUUGACGAAGUCCCUCGAGCCGGUCUGGACGAGGACUUUACACUACCGGAUACCUUCAGCCUCAAGCUCCACGAAACCGCGACCAUCCAAGUCAAAUUCAGCAAUGGUAUUCAUCGUGUCAGGGAAUAUCGAGUCAUCCAGGAUCGGAAGAAUUUCGUGGUUGAGGACGACACUACCACGGAAUACGGUUGCAGCGAAAUGGCCGGGGGGCGCUUUCACUCUAAGCUGAAGGUAACCUUCUGCAGAAAUAACGUCUCCGUGGCAAUCCGUUUCCUGACGGCUCACAAGUCCUCCCUGUGGCCACGCGUUAAACUUAUGGAGCUGGAACAUUGAGUAGAUCGAGGUCUUAACGGGAGCAUAUAUGGGUUAGAUGAAAUAGGGAAGACGCAACGAGCUUAGUCACUUUUUAGACACGAUCUGGACGUUCAAUGCUCUGCUCGAAGCAGCCCACGAGACCCACAAGUCAUCAGCCCCAACCAUGUGAGCUUGCUAGUAGGGAAUUAUUACUUAUCAGCACAGGGGGAUCGUCUACAGCACUGGAGGCAAGGUUGAACAUAACUGGGAGUAGGUCGAGGUUCUCCGCAAGGAUGGAAAGGGGAUUAUUUGGCAUAUGUCUGUUACAUCGAGCGCGUCUCUCAAGACCAUGGUAGUCACAUUUGGUCAGCACAUCCUGAUGGAGGAGGCCUAGAUCGAUAGGCAUGAAGAACAAAUUCGUGGAGUAGAGAGCGAUGGCGGGAACUUGAUGGGAACAAUUCCAAGGGCAUAUUGAAGUUUGCUAGUAAACGUCCUUUCUCUAGCUUAAACGGUACUUUCAAUAGUUACCUUCAGUUGAUCUUUGAUCAUCACUGCACAUG